GUUGCAACGAGUUGUAAUCAUCAACUUUUUCAAAUAACACGUAUCUGUUAAGUUGAAAACACAAGGACUUCAAAAAUGAGCACAUGGAGGAUGGCUGGCCUAAACUACGUGAACUACUCCAACAUAGCGGCGAAAACGUUGAGGAAGUCGCUCAAGUCCAACUUGCGGGACGAUGCGGCCAAGCGCGACGCGUCUAUAAUCAGGAUCUUCUUCUGGGAGGACGGGAGCAUAUUGAACGAAGGACAGAAACCGAAAGCUGCCGAACAAAAACCAAAAACCUAAGGCUUCACAAGGACUAACACAACUGCCCAACGACUUUCUUUGCCCUCAUAUGGUAAGCCCUCGCAACGGAAAGCACUUCUACAAAUCACAUGUGUCAGACUCGCGUUGCGAAAUAGGUAUAUUAUAAUAUAUAUACCCUAGUAUAUGAGCUUUAAACCCUCCAAUGAAAUGAACCUCGAGUAGCGAGUUGACUCGGUAUUUAUCUUGGUAUCAAAUUGUAUAAACAAAAGCCUUCCAUUUAGGUAUUACCUACUCAGUACAGAGCAACACAUGAACACAGGCACAGGUGGUGGCUGACGAUGCGGUACUUACUCGUAGAAGUGAAGCCGUGGGCAUUUGUGCUAGUCUUGCAGUAUGUAUGAAUGUAUGUUAAAUAAUACACAUUGU